GCGACGGAAACCGCGGUACAGCAGCGCGCCUGCAUCCCCGUUACGCACUCAUGUCGCAUUUCAGAUUGUACAUCGGACCUCCCGAGGAAAUCGAGGCCUACGCCGAUUCUUUUUCGCACGCUUCGACCGAGUCGGGCCCAUUGGAUGCUGUCGAUAUAGAUUCCUCCCAAAGUCGCCGAAGGAGCCUUCCCGCAGCUGCGUAUCACAUCGAGCACACGCAUCGCAAACCGCAAACAUGAGCAGUGACAAAGAUGGCGCAGCGCUUAUGGCAGCGUUCAAGAGGAAGCCAGCACCAGGCCCCAAGGCAAACGCUGCCCUGAAUGCUCCCCGCCCCGCGCCUGCGAGGGAAGCGUCCGAUUGCCCCGCUACCAUGUCAAUGCAGGACGACAUAAACGAAGACUUUACUAUGCACGUCGAAACUCCGCCUCGCAAGCGGCGGGCGGUGUGCGUUCGGAUACCCUCAGCGAAAGUCAAGAAAGCGGAGUACAAGUACUACGAACCUCAAGAUGAAGUGGAGAGAAUCCUGCGCGAGUUCUCCGGGAGGAAGGGUGAGAUGAUCUACGAGGUCAAGCUUUCGGGUGGCCGCGUCAAGCAUAUUACCUUCGAAGAGCUCCUCGAGCUUAAUGGUGGCCCAGAGGCACUACAAACCUUCCAACCCGACGACGAUCUGAACGCGAUCGGUAGCGACGGCAACAUGAGGCUUCGUAAUCGAACAGGCAACGCUGAUCACGACGGUUUCGUAGAUAUCUCAGCUAUCCCCAUCUCCUCUUCCGAAGACGACGAUCAAGACGAGCUUGCCUCCGAUUCACCAGGUCGUCGCAAUGGCCGCUCACAGGGCUUACGGCGCGCAGCUCGUCGAGGACGUCCAGCAAGAGGUCGCUCAGAGAAUAGCGAUCUCAUUGCACUGUCCACAAGUGAAGAAGACUCUGAAGACGGCCGCAAGAAGCGGAAGCGUCGGCCUCGCAAAGGCGUACAACAACCCACACGACGUUCAAAAAGACAGCCGAUUCGAACAAACGCCUACGACAACGAGGAUGAAAAGGAAGACUCGGAAGAUGGAACCACGGACGAUUCCAGCGCCUCAGACAUCCUCCGUUCAGAUCUUCUACCAGGUCGCAAACGCAAGGGACGUCAUCUGCGUGCUACAAAGCCUGAGAAGAUACCCCGAGCGGGCGUCCGACAAUCUGAUCGGGCAACACGUGCUACAAACAACAUGCAGGAAGCGGGUAUCAAUGACGUCUAUCGAUCCGACUCGGCUCCCAAAGUGGUAGCACAGAAAGUCUCAGUCGUCCGAGAAGUGUUUCCGAAACUACCUCGAAGUGACCCUUUCCGUGCGCGACACGCCGAGGGUUGCGAAGUAUGCUUCGAUGGCCCCAACCUCGCGCCCCUGGUCUACUGUCAAGGCUGCUCUUUGGCUUACCACAAGAACUGCUUAGGCAACCGCUCCACUCGCGAUCAUCUAGUCACCAAGAUCGGAGAUGAGGAGUUUGUCCUACAAUGCAAGAGGUGUAUCAAUUUCUACAAGAAAAAAGACGCCACUGCCCCUGAUCUAUCCAAAUGUCAGGAUUGCGCUGUCUCGGGUGCUUCAUGUCGACCCUUUAGACGUCGGAAAACCACACAGCAGGAGAUGAAGGAGCGUGAGGAAAAUGACGGCCAUGAUCCAGUCGUUGACGUACCUUCUGAGCUUGUCAACGACCCCAACAAUGUCAUGUUCCGCUGCACUAAGUGCUCUCGUGCCUGGCACUACCAUCAUCUACCACCCAUGUCGCCGUACGCUAUGGACGUCAAUCGCGACGAUGAGGAAAUGGCAGAUGAGCGUUUCCGUGAGUACUCUGGCAAAUGGCUCUGCAAGGAGUGCGACGAGACGUUCGAUCAGAAGGUAGGCGGUAUCAUCGCUUGGCGCCCAUCGGAUGUUGAGAUAUAUCGCCCGGGUACACCAUGCGAACUCGUUUGCGAAGACGACAAGCAGUACUUGAUCAAGUGGGAGAAUGAAUCCUACUUUCGAUCCGCAUGGCACUCCGGAGCCUGGACUUGGGGCGUCACUGCUGCAGUCCAGCGCAAAGCCUUCUUCAAGCGAGAGGAUGGACCGAAGAUGCGAACUGAAGACGCCAUCCCCGAGGAGUACCUCCGUAUCGACAUCGUCCUCGACAUCAAGUACACGAGCUACGUCGAAGUCCGUAGCGAAGAGAUCGACAAAGCUCGUAUCAAAGAAGUCGACAAGGCGCUCAUCAAGUACAAAGGACUUGGCUACGAAGACACGGUGUGGGAGAGCGUACCGACCCCAGAAGACGGUGACAGGUGGCUCGACUUUGUCACUGCUUACAACGACUGGGUGGCUGGUCGCUACGUCAAGAUUCCCAAGCAAGGUCCCCUCAAAGGACGCAUCGAGAAGGCUCGCAGUACACCAUUCGCCAAACUUGAGCGAGAAAAACAGCCUGAUAACCUUGUUGGUGGCGAGCUGAUGAAGUAUCAGCUGGAGGGUCUCAACUGGCUUUACUACAAGUGGUACGAUCAAAAGAACGCCAUCCUCGCCGACGAGAUGGGUCUCGGAAAGACGAUCCAAGUCAUUGCCUUCAUGGCGACCCUCAUCCAAGAGCACAACUGCUUUCCCUUUCUGAUUGUAGUCCCCAACUCGACAUGUGCCAAUUGGCGCCGAGAGAUCAAGCAAUGGGCGCCGUCUCUUCGUGUGGUGGCCUACUUCGGGUCCGCCAAGGCUCGUGAGAUGGCCUACCAGUACGAGAUGUAUCCCGAGAAGACGAAAGACUUGCGAUGCCAUAUCGUCGUAACCUCGUACGACGCAGCCGCUGAUGACAACUGCAGGAGAUUCUUCAGGGGUGUUAGCUGGGCAGGUCUUGUCGUUGACGAAGGUCAGCGCUUGAAGAACGACAAGUCUCAGUUGUAUACAGCUCUUACAGCAGUUCGUGCACCAUUCCGACUUCUGUUGACUGGUACACCCCUGCAAAACAACGCCCGUGAGCUCUUCAACUUGCUGCACUUCCUCGACGACACGAUCGACGCAGCUGCGCUUGAGGAGCAGUACGCUGAGAUGACAGCGGAGAAUAUCCGAGAACUUCAUAACCAGAUCCGACCCUUCAUACUGCGACGUACCAAGGUCAAGGUCCUGACUUUCCUCCCGCCUCUGGGUCAGAUCAUUCUCCCCAUCUCGAUGAGUCAUCUCCAGAAGCAGGUCUACAAGUCCAUCUUGUCCAAGAGCCCAGAACUCCUCAAAGCUCUCUUCACCGCCGACAAGCAGCUGAAGCAACAGGAACGUGCCAACUUGAGCAAUAUCCUCAUGCAGCUACGCAAGUGUCUUUGCCAUCCAUUCGUCUAUAGCAGAGAGAUUGAAGAGCGAAGCGAAGUUGCCGCUGUCUCUCACCGCAACCUUGUCGAGGCUUCCGCCAAGCUCUCUCUUCUCGAAACCCUGCUUCCGAAGCUUCAGGAACGCGGUCAUCGCGUACUUAUCUUCAGCCAGUUCCUCGACAUGCUCAAUAUCAUCGAAGACUUCUUAGACGGCAUGCAGCUUCCUUAUCAGCGUCUAGACGGAACGAUGGGCUCUCUUGAAAAGCAGAAGCGUAUCGAUCAAUUCAACGCACCCGACUCGCCUUUGUUCGCUUUCCUUUUGUCCACCCGUGCGGGUGGUGUUGGUAUUAAUCUUGCAACCGCCGACACCGUCAUCAUCCUCGAUCCCGACUGGAAUCCUCAUCAAGAUCUACAAGCCAUUGCUCGAGCUCAUCGUAUCGGUCAGAAGAAGAAAGUACUGUGUCUUCAACUGGCGACUCGAGCCUCUGUAGAAGAGAAGAUCAUGCAGAUGGGCAAAAAGAAGAUGGCUCUUGACAAGGUCGUUGUUCAGGAUUUGGAUCGAGAAGAUCCCGAAGACGAAGACGUCGAGUCGAUACUCAAGUACGGUGCCGCGGAACUCUUCAAAGACGACGACGCAGACCAUGAAAUUCGCUACGACGAUGCCUCCGUCGAUAAGCUACUCGAUCGUAGCCAGAUCGAGAAUACACAAACUGGUGAUGAUGACUCCGCGGAAUCUCAAUUCGGCUUUGCCCGUAUUUGGGUCAACGAUAAGGGCGCACUACAAGACGACUUCGAUACUGUGGACGAGCAGGUGGCUCCAGAUCCCGGUGUUUGGGACAAGAUCUUGAAAGAACGACAAGCCGCCGCGGCCGCUGAGGCACUUGCAAAGGCAGAGGCUAUGGGUCGAGGACGGCGGGCUAAACAAACUGUCGACUACAUUAUAGAUCCUAAAGAUGCCGAUGCAGCAUCCGCCGCGGGAGACGAUCGACGCGAGGAAUCCGCAUUACCGCCUUCACCAAUCAAGAAGCCAAGCAAGAAGCGCAAGAACAAGACAGGCUCCGAAAGUGAUACUGACUUCCAAGCCGAGUCUGAAGACGAAAGCGAGCCUGAGCCUGGUCCUGACGAGGUUGAUGCAGCCAAGGAGCUCGGUCAUGCUCGCCAUCGCAGUACAACAAACAACGUCAGCUCGUCGCUGUACAAGCAGAAUGGUGCAGGUGCGUCCCAAGUUUCUUCGUCGAAGUCCCACGCUGCCACUAUUUCUGUUCAAACUACGCCUAAGACUACGUCUAAGAAGGGUGGUGCGAGAGCUGUCAUGUCGCCAUUGAAGCCGGUGGAGAUUGUGCCACCGAGAGGCGGUACCCGAACGAGACUCGAGCCCUCGACACAUCUCAGCAGUGAUGGUCAAACCGCCUCUUCAGGUCAGGCGUCGUCACCCCGCCCACCAGCCACCUUCAUCGACAUCUCUACACCACCACCAGAGUCAGCGCCACAAGCCCAAAUGACUAACGAAGUGACAGUCAAACCCUUCGAGCGCGCCACAAUACCCGUCCGCAACCCUCUCGGACUAACCUACGGCUCCUUCGGCAACCGCAUCUGCCCCGCCUGUCACAAGAACCACCCUCAAGGCGCCUGCGAGCUCAAAGCCGCCGGCGUCGAGCACUGCAAUCUCUGUGGCCUAGCCCAUUUCGGCCACUCGCGCACUUGCCCGCACAUCAGAUCCGAAACUCAAGUCCGCGAGAUGCUCGAGGCGCUUAAGAACUCGCCGGAAAAGAAAGAGCUCGUUGAUGCGGCGAUGAAGUAUCUCCGUGGUGUCAAGGGCACGCUUGUGCAGCAGAAGAAGAGGGAUAGGGAGAAGGUGGCGUUGGCUAAGGGCCAGCCCGUUCCACCACCUAAUUAUACCGGGAUUGAUCGCCCGCCUAAGAGUGUGUAUACGAGGCCGCUGGGCUCGAUGAAUGGGAGUAUGAACGGUGGAGGCUCUGGUUCUGGCUCAGCAUCUGAUUCUAUGGGCCCGCCCAUAUCCAUGUCUAGAGGUUCUUCAAACGACCCGUCCCGUUCCUACGCCCAAUUCGCGCUUCAAGCACAGAUGGAAGGAGCGCAGGGUAGUGCGAAUAGUGCUAUGCAGCACCAACAGCGCAUGGCUGCGCAGCAGCAGAUGGUUGAGCAGAUGCAAGGUCAGGGGUAUGAUGAUCAGCAGGUGGAGAAUGCGCUGAGGGUUUUUUUGUUUCAGGGCUAGAGGCUUGGCGUGUCUUGAGGGUCAUUAGCGGUAGGAAUGGCAUCAUUGAUCAGGCGUUUGGGGGCAGGAAAAGGUGUUCUGACAUGGCAUGCUAGGUUGGCAUGGGUGUUUCAGCUUGUGGGGUUCGAACGUGCUUGGCCUUUGAGGAGUUGGAGUAUGUUCGCUAGACAUAUUGAUACCCCAUAAUGAACGUCAGACUGUCGUUCUUACAUCAAAAUU